AUGCCUCUAGACUCGCUCCCUUUUGAACUUCUUUCUGAAAUCCUUGAUUCGACUCGCGAUGUUGAGACACUUCAUCAAUGUGUAUUGGUCUGCAGUACGUUCAAGGAAGCUGCGUUACCGAGCCUCUACAGGACAAUUACAUUGAAAACUGUUCAUCAAAUGGACGAAGGUCUACAUUUCGGUGCUCUCGAAACAUUAGACAAGUACGUCUAUCUAAGGCCGUAUGUUCGAGAGGUCAAGUUCCUCUUCGUCCUCAGUGACUAUGCUCGUCGAACUCGUCGCACCAGUUCUGGUUACAAAGUGCCGCAGAACAUCUGGGUCAACUCUCUCGCAAAGCUACCCAACAUCACAUCUUAUACAUUCUGCCAUAUACCUUUCUUCUCGUUCCCUCAAUCUCAGAAUCGAUUCCUCCCUAUCCCACACGAGCAAAUCGAGCUGACUGUGGCUGCCCUCGCAAACUGCAGCUUGUUGGACGAGUUGAACCUUCUCUACCGUGCUACACCCUCAGAUAUAUCCCGCCUGAAUCAUCUAAAGAAUGUCCGUUCCAUACGACUAGGGCUUCCUUCAAGGGAGGUUCUUGUUGCAGUCCGUCCUUGGAUUGAACAGUGCGAUUCCUUUAGCGUCAGAGAUGCCUACGCCUUGGAUUCUUUGGCUACGAUACGACCUCACGUCUCAAACCUUUCAAUGCUCCAUAUAGGUCCUCACCACGCCCUUAGCAAUCGAGACCUGCUCCAACUUUUACACUGUACCAGUAAACUUCAGGAACUAGAUUUAUUUUACGACAAUUUCCUCAACGUUCAAUUGUUAAACAAGGACGACAGAUCAUCCCUAGGUUUGAAAAACCUUCACAAACUGGUGGUACGCCAUCAGGGUGUGUCUAACAAAUCCCAAUUCAUGGAACUAUUCACCUGGCUUGAGGCUGUAAUAUCGGCAUCUCCACUCACGUCAAUCUCCAUCCUUUCCGAUGACAGUCGGGAAUGCAAUUUCGCAAUGCCGCUAAUCAACUUGCUUGCCAAGAAACCUCAGCUGGAGUUCCUCAAUAUACCUCAAGUCGUCCUUCGACAACCGUCGUUGAGGACGCUGUUUGGACGGUUAAACAAUUUGCGGGUAUUGUCAAUCAUGCUUGUGGAUGUCAAUGUUCUAAGUUUCCAUACUUCCGCAUCACCAGGAGAACUCAAUUUCAAUCUCUCAGCUCUUUACCUCCGUUCGAGCAAGACUACAUGCCCAUACUCUUUAGUCACACCACAACUUCGUCAAACUAUAUCGUCUCUGCGUGGUAAUCCUGGAUAUCUACGUCGUUUGUGCCAAGAAAAGCAGACGUGGAAAGCAUUAUGGACCUCAGCUUUGCAGACUGAACGUGGGGGAAUCGAUCCCCUGAAAGAUGAAUACGGACUAUAUAGUAACGCAACAGAGGAGGAUGGGUGGUGA